AUGUAUGUUAAUCAUUGCUUCUCCUUUCCAGGUUGACAGCAGCCCUCCGGGAUGGAAGACACAGGCAGCAGCUGGUCAGCAGAGCUCACCACUCCCUGCACCAUGCUGCACGAGCUGAACGGUAACGACAGCGGUCAGGUGUUCGAGGUGGCUCUACAGAACACCUCCUCUAAGCGCAGCAGCCCUCAGUUUGUUGGCGUAGAGCUGCUGCAGUCCUUCAAGCUGCUCAUCAUCCCCUGCUACACCCUGGUGGCUCUGGUGGGCGUGUUCGGAAACUACCUGCUCCUCUAUGUCAUCUGCCGCACGCGCAAGAUGCACAACGUCACCAACUUCUUUAUCGGGAACCUGGCCUUCUCUGACAUGCUGAUGUGCGCCACGUGUGUGCCCUUCACGCUGGCCUACGCUUUCAACCCCCACGGCUGGGUGUUUGGCCGCUUCAUGUGCUACCUGGUGUACCUGAUCCAGCCUGUGACGGUUUAUGUGUCUGUCUUCACACUCACGGCUAUCGGUGUGGACAGAUACUACGCCACGGUUCAUCCUCUAAAAAAGCGCAUCUCCGUCUUGGCGUGCACCUACCUCCUGUCCGGGAUCUGGCUUUUGUCAUGCGGUCUGGUGGCCCCGGCUGUGGCUCACACGUACCACGUGGAGUUUAAAAACGAAGGCUUCACUAUCUGCGAGGAGUUCUGGAUGGGCCAGGAGAGGGAGAGGCUAGCGUACGCGUACAGCACCCUCUUCAUCACCUACGUCCUGCCUCUGUCGGCGCUCUGCAUCUCCUACCUGUGCAUCUCCGUCAAACUGAGGAACUGUGUCGUACCAGGACACCACACGCAGAGCCAGGCGGAAGCCCAGCGCAUGAGGAAACGCAAGACCUUCCGAUUGGUGAGCCUGGUGGUGGCGGCAUUUGGCAUCUGCUGGAUGCCCAUCAGCGUGUUCAACGUGCUGCGAGAUAUUGACAUCGACCUGAUCGAUAAGCGCUACUUCUUGCUCAUCCAGCUGCUCUGCCAUCUGUGUGCCAUGAGCUCCUCCUGCUGUAACCCUUUCCUCUACGCCUGGCUGCAUGACCGCUUUCGUGCCGAGCUCCGAAAAAUGUUCACCUGCCGCCGUCGAAUCGGGAUCUCGGCGAAUAACUGUGCAACAGCCAGCGUGGUUCUGUGA